UCCACGCUGCUUCAGCUCCGAUCAACAAACCACAGAAAGGAAAAAAUCAGCUUCACAAGAGGCCAAGGAGAUAAUAAAAAAAUUGAAAGACAUUCCAGUAAAGGAAGACAUACGCACGCUUCCCAAUUUCCUCACGCUUACAAGGUUGCUAAUAAGCCCAGUCAUUGGAUAUUUGAUACUAAACGAAAACUAUAAAGUUGCUUUUGCCGCAUUUUGUUAUGCUGGAUUUACUGAUGUGCUUGAUGGUUAUAUAGCGCGUCAUUAUAAUAUGCGCACGAUGAUUGGGACUAUUAUAGAUCCUGCUGCUGAUAAGACGUUGAUGACAAUCAUGACUGUCAGUCUGGCUGCUAAGGGAUUAUUACCAACCCCACUAGCUAUCAUUAUUUUAGCCCGAGAUGCAGGAUUAGUUAUUUCAUCCUUUUACUAUCGCUUCAUCUCUUUGCCACCACCAAAAACAUUGUUACGAUAUUUCGAUAUUUCGAUUUCGUCGGCUGAAGUCAGACCCAAUUUGAUAGGCAAGGUCAAUACGGCACUUCAACUAGCCCUCAUGGGGGUCACUUUAUGCACACCGGCUUUCAACUUGCCAAUUACGCCUGGAUUAACUGCAUUACAAUAUACCGUCGCCGUAACAACAAUAUGGUCCGGAUUCAGUUACGUCUUCUCAAAGGAUGUGAUCAGAAUUCUCAAACCACCCAGCGAUGAUUCGGAUGAUCCAGUCAAAUGA